GCAGCCUGAUCUCGAGACCGCGAACAAAGAAACAAGGAAAGAACGAAAGUGAAUUCCGAGAAGUGGAAAUCGAGAUAGGGACACACUCACUUUCACACACUCACUCACACACUCUCACACGCGCAUACAAUUCUCACUGACUGACUGACUGACUGACUGACCGACCGACUGACUGUCGAAUCGCGCAGCAGCAGCCGAAAAAAGGUACAGAUAGGCAGGCGGACCGAGCCGCGCGAGCUUGGAAGUAGCUCGCGUGACUUGGCGGUCGGCCUGGUCUCUUGCUUCUUUCCUUUCUUGAUCGAUCCCGGUAUAAGAUAAAGCUGUCUCCGCCUUGUCGUCCGUGGGUUCACAGUGUACAUGAUCAAUCGCCCGCCCCGGCCCGAGAAAUCCCUGCCUGGUCUUGGUCUUGCUGAGUCUAGCUGUGAAUGCUUGCCUGCCUGCCUGCCUGAUGGUCCUGAGAGUUCUCUAAAGGUAAACGAUCGCCACCUCCCGUGCCGGCACCACAAUAUCGAUCCAAUUCGGUGCGGAAAGGGGAGGCUCUGUGCUGAGAACUUUCGGGUUCGGGUUAUGCAGACAGACUCUCGGUAUACGUAGUGCGGGGAGGCAGGAGACGAGGACAGGGCGAGGCCGCGAGGAAGAUUAUUGAGACGGAAGCAAUGCUGCGUGUCGAUUAGAAAUAAGAAUGCUCUGCCAAGGACGAAGAACAGCAUUGUGGUGGUACGAAAGGUCAUGAGCACCUGCUUCUAGAAAUCUUGGACCGGAUCGUUGGAUGUGGGCGAGGCUCUGUGGCAAAUAGAUGCAGCUCAAGCGAGGAAUCACAGGAAUAUACAAGGAACGGAAGGCAGUGGAGGUGGACAGUGCGUCACUUGCUUUGAUAGUGGCAGUGGACAGCAGCAGCAGCAGCGUUCUGCUGCUCUGGGCAUCCGAGGGAAUUGCAAAGGUGGUCGGAUUUGGCUCGAAUUAGAACUUUUUCAAUCCGGCCUGAACUGGGCGUCGGCAGCGUGCUCUUCCUCCCGGGUUAGGAUGGCAGAGCUCUGCUGUAGACCGCAAUCUCAUCGCAGCAGAGCAAUGUACAUGAAGGUGGGACUGAGUGUUGUCCUGGCAGCGUUGCUCUUCGUCGGAGGGCUUCAGCAAGUCGAUGCAGCGCAUGCUCCGAUUAAGUCCGCUACUAAGAAUGCUUACGCCACAAUGCUUUACAUGGGAACUCCCCGCGACUACGAGUUCUACGUUGCAGCGCGGGUCAUGCUUCGCUCUCUUGCGAAGCUGAAGGUGAAUGCGGAUUUGGUCGUAAUUGCCUCCUCGGACGUCCCAAUGAAAUGGAGGAAAAAUUUCCAAAAAGAUGGUGUGAGGGUUGUGGUGGUGGACGAUAUUCCAAAUCCGUAUCGAAAUCAACCAAAAUUUGACAUGCGAUUCAUGUUCACGUUGAAUAAGAUUUAUGCUUGGACGUUGGGUGAUUACGAGCGAGUUGUGAUGCUGGACGUGGACAAUCUCUUUCUCCAGAAAGCGGACGAGCUUUUCACAUGCGGGCAAUUCUGCGCCGCUUUCAUCAACCCUUGCAUUUUUCACACCGGACUAUUCGUGCUCGAGCCUUCCAACGAAACUUUCAACUCGAUGCUGCACGAUAUCCAAAUUGGUCGACAAAAUAAAGAUGGUGCCGAUCAAGGAUUCUUGACGGGCUACUUCAGCGACCUUCUGGACAGACCGAUGUUCCAUCCGCCAGCCAAUGGAACGAAGCUCAAUGGCAUUUACCGUCUCCCUCUCGGAUACCAGAUGGACGCAUCUUACUACUACCUGAAGCUCAAGUGGAGCGUUCCCUGUGGGCCGAACAGCGUCGUAACAUUUCCCAGCGUACCUUUAUUGAAGCCCUGGUAUUGGUGGUCGUACCCUGUGCUCCCACUCGGUCUCUCGUGGCACGAACAGCGCCGCUCUACGAUUGGAUAUGGGUCCGAAAUUCCUUUGCUGGCUGCCGAGGCAAUCUUUUACUUGGUGACGAUAAUCGUGGCCAUGAUCGUGCGGCAGCGCAUGCUGGCGACCGAGAGGCCGCCUUUGAUCAAGUCGUGCCUGGGGCGGGGGCCCUGCUCCAUGGAGUCGGGCUCGUACAUUAUACCGUUUCUGCUGAAAGUAGCGGCGAUUCUGUCAAUUGUGGCCAGCUUCGGCAUCCCGUUGAUCAUCGUGCCGACCACCGUGCACCCGCUGAUGGGAUGGGGACUGUGGCUGCUGGGCUCCAUGUCCCUGUUGAUAGUGACGAUCAACAUUUUCCAGCUGCCUUUCCUGCCCGUCUUCACUCCGUGGCUGGGAUUCUUCGGCGUUCUGCUGGUCAUGGCUUAUCCGUUUUACAGCAACGGCAUCAUUCGGGCUCUCGCUAUCUUCGGCUACGCGUUUCUGGCUGCUCCUUUCGUGUGGUGGACCUUGACUCAGGUGUCUAUGACCAUCGAUUUAGCCUGCACGAGGGAGCCUCUGAUGGCCUACGCAAACCUGAGGAAAAAGGAGAUGAUAGAGGAGUGGUGACACGGGGAAGAGACAGCUUGCCCACACGCUGCUGCUGUGGGCUCAUACAUGUGGACGUUGCCGACCUCCAUCCGCCGAAUAUAGAAGAGUCUCACACGGCUCGAAAACCUCAAUUAAAUCCCGAGGUAGAAAAGUUUGACAAUUAAUUCCUCACGAGCCUGCGCUUGUGAGGAGAUUCAUGAUUAGGUAGGUAGUUGCAUCUGUGCGGGAAAACGGAAAUUACUAUUUCCUUCUUUCCAUUAUGUAAUACAAGCAAAAACUGUCGUUGAAGAUGGUCUUCAGCCACAAAAUGUUGAUGUAGAGAGCUCUUCUCGUCGUCAUAUCUUGGAGGGACUGACCAACUCUGUCAAGAUGUACAUUAAGGUGCCCUUCGCACAUUUCGUUGGUUGUGUGAAAUUGUAGUGAUAUCCGUCUAGAGCCAGAUCUCCGAGCAGCCAGAUAUGGGGUUAAAAUUUUUAUGCUACAGGCUGGACUUGGGGGUUAUGCCGCGUAUCCAGAGAGCUAUAUCGAUCGACAGAUUCUAACACAUUCUAAUACCAAUUCAUUUUUGACUCCUUUA